UACAUUCCUUUUCCUUAUAGUAAUGAAAACCUCACUUCUUUGUGGAACAAGGAAAAUCUAUGUGCCUAUUUAUGAGCAAAAAAUCAGAACUUCUCUUAUCUGUCUGUCUUUUGGGAGUGAGAGAGUGCUUUAGGUUUAUCCGGGGUUCGAUUUUGUGAUUGUUCUAAGCAUUCUUGUGUAGAAUUUCCUUGUCUUCUUUGGUGGUGAGUGUUUAAGUUCAAACGCCAAACCAUUGUUUUCUGUGAAAUUGCAUAAUUUCUAAGCUUUCCUAAAAACUCAUAUCGUGUGAUUCUUGGCAACAACAUUGAGCAGUAGAAUCAUGUCUAUGCAUGGGCCUCUGUAUGCCAUUCUUGGAGGAGGUAUAGGUAACCUACAUUAGCCUCCCUAGCUUGUUGUUUUUACUAUAUAUGUAUGCUCUUCCCUAAUUUACUUUUAAUUUGACUCUGCGUUUGGUCUUGCAGUGGCUGACAUACUGCUAUGGAAGGAUAAGAAAUCAGCUGCUGCAAUCUUAUUAGGGUCCACCGCAUUAUGGUUUUUUCUACAAGUACUAGAAUACCAUUUUGUAUCUCUUCUUUGUGACACCCUCAUGCUGUUCAUGGCUGUUGGAGUCCUCUGGUGCAAAUUCGCGGGACGAAUAUUCAAUCGGAUGCCGUCGGAGAUCAACAUUCAACUGCCACAAUCCACUUGCAUAUACUUCUUCGGAACAGUUAACUGGUUCCUACUGAAGUUCUGUGAGAUUACAUCCGGAAAAAAUUUCAAAAUCCUCUUUGUGGCAAUGGCUGGUCUAUACAUGUUGUCAUCUAUAGGAACUUAUAUCAGCUCAUUGAACCUAUUAUAUACAAUCAUUCUCUCGGUAGGAACAUUGCCAGCUUUGUAUGCGCGAUAUGAAACUCAAGUGGAUGCAAUCGCGGCCAGAUGCAUUGGAGUUGUGAAGAAUUUAUGCAAAUUGUUUGAGGUCAAGGUUCUUGACAAGAUACCGAGGCACAGGAAACUAAACUAGAUAAAUAAUUCAUCGAUGUUA